GGGAAUCGGCGACGAGUGAAAAUACAAAGUCCGGGCUGGCAGGUCGGGCUGGUCCAAGUCGCGCGAUGUCAAUCAGUGAUUUGCGGCUGCAUUAAGAAUUAAACGUGUGUAAUGUGCGUGCCAAUUGGAUUAAGAAGCAUCGGCUGACAUGUGGGUGCCCACGAAGAACAAGAAAUACGGCGUUGCCGUAUACAACUGGGAAGGCGACACAAGAUACGCACUCCCUUUGGAAAUCGGCGACACAGUCCAGAUUUUGGAAGAGUGCGAAGGAUGGUUUCGUGGAUUUUGCAUCAAGAACCGGAGUUUGAAGGGAAUUUUUCCGGUAUCCUACGUCUGCAUAAAAUCAUGCCGGGUGGAGAACGAAGGAGCCAACGAGGUGGUAACACCGCUAGAGGACCCGGUGGUCAACGAGGUGACACUCGUCCUGCGAGAAUGGGGCCACAUUUGGAAGAAACUCUAUCUGGAGAGGGAGAGUUACAAAUUUUCCACCCUGCGGAAGGUGAUGUGGGAGCUGCUGGAGUGGCGGCGCCAACUGAUCACUGCCACCCUGACGCAGGACCAGGUGCGCGCGCUGCAGCUGAAAAUCACUUCCAAAGUGGACUGGGGCAACAGGAAACUCGGAUUGGACCUGGUGCCGCGAGUGGGCGCCUUCAUGGUGGACCCGACCGCCAUGAGUCUCGUCGAAUUGCACCAAGUGCACGUGCAGAGUUCGGAGAGUUCUCAGGGUGCAUCGGCGCGCGGGACGGUGCGGCGUCCGCGAGAGGGGCCCGGGGCGGCGAAGCGGGUGCUGACCCACCACUUGUACUUCUGCAUGCGCGACUUUCGGCUCAACGUGGGCGAGGACAUUGAGAUCUUCUUCUCACUGUACGACACAAAGCGGGCCGCCUACAUCAGCGAGAGAUUCCUGGUCAAGAUCUCCAAGGAGGGCUUCUCCAGCUACGUCGAGCGGCUCCACAGCAACUGCACUAUUUUCACGGACCUGGGCUCUUCCGACCUGAACCGCGACAUAGUGGUGGUGGCGCAUGUGAUGCGGGUGGGCCGGAUGCUGCUGUCUGACUCUGCCAAGCAUAAAUUACCGCAGCUCUACCGGCGGCCGUAUGGUGUGGCCGUCCUCAGCAUCAGCGAAUUCCUGCACAAGGAGAGGGAGCAGUCGACUCCUCAAGAUCUCGAGCAGGAAUUCUCGUUCAAGGUCUACCAGUGCGAGGAGAAAGAUUUUCACACAUUGCACGAGUUCAUUAUCAAAAAGCAAAGCAAUAAAUUCAGCCCGGUCUCUGGACAGGCAAACUGCGGCAUUGAUGUCUCUUUGAAACUGUUGCACGGAGAACUGCCCCAAGUGCGCGAAGAAAACGCUCUACUCCUGAAAAACAUGGCUGUCACCAGAAAACUGGGGUUUGCCGACGUAAUUAUGCCAGGGGAUGUUCGGAAUGACCUGUACCUGAUCCUCGAAAGGGGAGAAUUCGAGAGGGGUGGAAAGUCCACUGGCAAAAAUAUCGAAGUCACCGUCCUGAUCGUCGACAACACGGGAAAACUACUCGACGACACAUUGUACGGGGCUUCCGGGAUGGACGGCUCCAGCUACUACCAGUCCAUGGUGAUUUACCACCACAACUCGCCCUGGUGGGCCGAAACAAUCAGACUCGCAGUGCCGAUCGACAGGUUUUACGGUGCCCACGUGCGUUUGGAGUUUCGGCACUGCUCAACUCGAGAUAAGACUGACAAGAAGCUUUUUGGCUUCUCAUUCUUCCGGCUGAUGGUGGAUGGCGGUGCCACCAUCCACGACGGCAUCCACGAGCUGUUCAUUUACAAGUGCGAGGACAAAGGCAGGCUGGAUCCUGCCGUCUACCUGAACCUGCCGGUUGGCGUCUGGGACCCCACCCCCGGCGUCCAGGACAUCGCCUCGCCCUUCGGACGCUCGCAAAAGGAGGUUGUGUGCGUGCGCACCCUCCUCUGCUCCACCAAACUCACCCAAAAUGACGAUCUUCUGGCCCUUCUGCAGUGGAAAGCCCAUCCAAACAACAUAAAAGAGGCGCUCGAUGGCGUUCUGAAGCUGAACGGCGAGGAACUGGUCAAGUUCCUGCAAGACGUUCUCGACGCCUUGUUCUCCAUGUUCUCGACCGAGGACGGCAGCUCGACGGCGCACUCGUGUCUCGUGUUCCACGUGCUCGUCAGCAUUUUCAGCCUGCUGGAGGACACCAAAUUCGAGCAUUUCAAACCCGUCAUGGACGCGUACAUCACUGGACACUUUGCCGCUGCCCUCGUCUACAAGGGUCUUCUGAGUCACGUGCAGCAGAGUUCAGACCUGGCCACCACCACAGAGAUGCAAGAGCCCAUUCAGAAAAUAUUCCGUUCGCUCGAGUACAUCUUCAAAUUCAUCAUUCAGUCGCGGCUGCUCUUCGCCCGCGCCACCGGCUGUCAGUACGAGGAAAACUUCAAAAAGGACCUGCUCAGCGUUUUUGCUGCGAUUAAUAAAAUGCUAAAUCAGCCUGGUGAAGUCAUUCUCCCCACGCAGAUUUCGCUCCUCACGAGCAUCAGCCCGGUUUACGAGCAGCUGCAGCAGGUUUUGCCGACAAUCGAGUGCACGCAGCUGGCCACGGCGAUGCUGGCGAGUCUUCCGCGCGACCUGCCUCCUCAGCUGGGUCAGGCGAAACUCACGGCCAUCAGACACCUCGUCACCAGCAAACUCUUCCACGACAGCGAAUCUAGGAGUCUGCUCCUGUCGGCCACGUGCACGCAUCUGCGGCCCUUCCUCGCCCAGAGAAACGAACUGAAGCUCUGCUCGGACAUUCUCGCUGAUAUCACGUCGUUUCUCUUUAAACAGAGGGAAUCUCAAAUUGCUGCCGGAAAGACAAACAACAUUUUGCACCAUGACAUGGAAAUCAUCUGCAUCUCCCUGCUGGACAUGCUGCUGCAGACAGUGCUCAUCAUCCUGGACAGGACAGCUACUGUCGUGGGUUAUCUGGUGGCCUGUCUGGUGGGCAUCCUGCAGCUGAUGGAGACGUCGCACUACCGGCUCAUCUGGACCGAAUUGUCCUCGCGGGAGUCGGCCAAGCCGCUCAAGGAUUUCCUCCUGCGCUUGUUCCUCGUGUUCCGGGACCUGGUGAAGCAGGACGUCUUUCCCCAGGACUGGUUUGUGAUGAAAGCAGAAACCAAUCUAGUCAUGCUGGAGGCGCUCAAGGAGUUCUCCUUUCCCCUCACCACCAGAUUUUUGGCUGACAGGCAAACCUUCGACCACCAGCUGUGGAGCAAUUAUUUCAAUCUGGCGGUCAGUUUCCUCACCCAGCCGGCUCUGCAACUGGAGCAAUUCAGCGAGGUGAAGCGGAAUAAAGUCAUGGUUCGAUACUCAGACCUCAGGGUCAUCAUGGGAUUCCAAAUUCUGGAGAUGUGGUCCACCCUAGGAGAGCACAAAAUCGCCUUCAUUCCGAGCAUGGUAGGCCCCUUCAUGGAGGUCACCCUGGUUCCCGAACCUGAGUUGCGAAAGGCUACCCUCAGGAUUUUCUUCGACAUGAUGGAGUGCGAACAGCGAGUCCGCGGAAACUUUAAACAGGUGGAAUCUGAGCUAAUCGACAAACUGGACAUUCUGAUCAGUGAAAAUAAGGGAGACGACGAGUACCGGCAGCUUUUCAACACCAUGGAGCACCUUAGUGCAGUUCUUCUGGACCGAGUGCAGUCGGAAGAUCCAGCUUGGCGUGAGAGUGGAGCCGCGUUUAUCAGCUCCGUGACGAGACUUUUGGAGAGACUGCUCGACUACCGGUCCGUGAUUCAGGGCGACGAGAACCGAGACAAACGCAUGUCCUGCACCUACAACCUCUUGAACUUUUACAAGAAUGAGAUCGACCGGAAGGAAAUGUACAUUCGCUACAUCCACAAGCUGCACGACCUGCACUUGGCGGCUGAGAAUUACACCGAGGCCGGCUUCACGAUGAAAUUGUACGCCGACCAGCUGACCUGGGGCAUGAACCCGCUGCCCGCCUCCCCUCACUUUCCGGCGCAGCCAGAGUGGCAGCGCAAGGAAAUGAUGUACAGGAAAAUCGUGCACUACUUCGACAAGGGAAAGUGCUGGGAGCAGGGAAUUCCUUUGUGCAAGGAAUUGGCCGAGUUGUACGAAUACCGGCUCUUCGACUACUCCAAGCUGAGCCACAUCUUGAACACGCAGGCAAAAUUCUUCGACAACAUCCUCAUGCAACUGAGACCAGAGCCUGAAUACUUUAGGGUUGGAUUUUAUGGACUGAGUUUCCCGCUUUUUGUCAGGAACAAAGUUUUUGUAUACCGCGGACUGGAGUACGAGCGAAUCGGCGCAUUUACUCAGCGCCUGCAGACUGAAUUUCCCUCGGCGCAGAUUCUAAUGAAAAACACGCCGCCAGAAGACAACAUUGUCAAUUCCGACGGACAAUAUAUCCAAAUCUGUAACGUUAAGACGAUUUCGGAAAACAAUUCCGUGUUCGCGCAGGGCAUGUUCCCUGUGCCGGAAAAGAUCGCCAGCUUCUACCAGGUGAACAUGAUCAAGAAAUUCCAGUCGGACAGGCCCGUCCACAAAGGUCCCAUCCACAAGGACAAUGAAUUUAAGAGUUUGUGGAUCGAACGGACGACCAUGGAGACGUGCAACGCGCUGCCUGGGAUUUUGCGUUGGUUCGAAGUGACGAAGCGCAAGGUGGAGGAAAUCCCGCCGGUCCGUUUCGCCUGUGAAACGAUGGAAAAUGUCAACGCGGAACUCAGGCAGUUGAUUUACUACCACACCAAUGAACCGGGCCUCAACAUCAAUCCCCUCAGCAUGAGAUUACAAGGAAUUAUCGACGCCAACGUGAUGGGAGGAAUCGCCAAGUACCAGGAGGCAUUCUUCACGACAGAUUUCAUCGCGUCCCACCCAGAAUUCACCGAAUACAUUUACAAGCUGCGCGCUCUCAUUUUCGAUCAGGUUCACGAUUUGGAGGCCGGCUUGAUCGUGCACGGCCAACUGGCGCCGCCGGAAGUGCAGCCUCUGCACCGGCGCCUGAUGGAAAGACUGAGUCAGAUGAAGGCAGGACUGAGACACUUGGCACCGCACCUCGACAUCAUGCAGAGCUCCGACAGCUUCCACAGAAAAAUGGGCAGCAUUGUCCACAUGCCGCUGCCGCCAGUUCCCGUGGACAAAAACAACCCGACGUACGAGGGCGUGAACGGCAUUUGCAGCCGCAGCUCCAAUUCCUCGGGCAACUACGGCCACCUGGCCAUGGACUCUGAGGACAUCUACUCCAAGCCAGGCGAGAAGGAGAACGGCGACGGCUCGGCGCCACCCGUUCCCGCCAGGGGAGACGUCAGGCCCAAGUCUGCGGGCUACAACACCAUUGCCGAGAUGGCCAGGAACCCGAUGGGCUCCCCGAGAAACGAGUAUACGUCGCUGCCGUCUGUCCGACCCACGCAUUCCAGAGAGGGUAGCAUCGACGCAGACCACCCUCCAGUGAUGCGGAAGAGCAAGCCGCGCGCGAUGAGCCCGCACACGAACGGAACAGACUCGGCUUCAGCGUCGCAGCGCAACUCGUGGCCGGACGGCGAAGCGGCGCCGCCGCUGCCGCCGCGGGGCUGCACGCCGGACAAGCGUUCGGCGGCGGAGCAGACGCCGCCGGCGCCGCCCAAACGUCUGGUGGCCAACAGCAAGAACUCGCUGGACGCCGGCGGCGACAACAUUUCGAACGGCAGCGGCGAAAACCAGUCGAUCGGCUCGGCCGAGUGGGGGCCCGUGAUCGACGCCGCCGACCCGCCCGUCCUCAGCCCCCGGUCGCAGCAGCCGCCGGCGCCGCCCCCCAUCCCGCCCAAGGCGUCCACCCCGUCGGCCCCGCCGCCGCCCGCCACCCCCGGCGAACUGGCCGCCGCCAAUGACAACUACUCGGUGCCGCCCAGACUCAGGAGCAGCACCCUCGACAGCACCACUAGUCCUUAGCGCAAUUUGUUGUCCCCGUUGUUUGUUUUUUAAUUCGGUAAAUUCGGGAAAAAUGCUUUUCUUCCUUGUGUAGUUGAGAAAGGGAUUGGAUUUCAAAUCGAAUUACAGCGAGAAAAUGAAUCUUACAGAGAGUUUUGAGCAUUUCACGUUGCUUUGGCGCGCAAAACGUUUCAAUUUUUGGUUGCUACUGCGCAUGCGGCACCCUACUGACGCCACAGCCAUGCUUAAGCAGCUGAUAGAGCUGUGACGUCAGUAGGGGGACGCAUGCGCAGUAGCGACCAAGAGAUUCAAACGUUUUGCGCGCCAAAGCAACGUGCGUUUUGCUUUGCGCCUCUGUUUGCACGUCAAAAAACAUUUUUCAACCGGAAAAAAAUAUUUUUUCACCUAUUUCGACCCUCAGGAAUCGAUUGGAACAUAAAAAGUUGGGGUUUUAGUGGGUCUUUAAAUAUUUCAAACUGGCAACAAGUUAAAAAAUUUCCAAAAUUAAAAAAAAAUAUAUUUUCUUUUGUUAGAAACCAAAAUGAAGGUUUUAAAUUCUUAAAUUGGUCCCAUAUUUUGCUGAAUACGGAUCAAAGUUUUAUACAAACUGUUUGCAAUUUAUUUAAUUUUUUUAAAUUAAUUUUUAUCGAGCUAAAAAUGGCUCCGAAUAAUUACCAAAUAUUUAAUUCUGGCUCGUGCAAUACGAUUUCAGUCCAAUCCCUAAAAGUCGUACUAAAUUAAAAAAGGGAACAACGCAGAAUAGCCAUUUCAUGUGUGCGCAAAACUUGAUGUCGGAAAAAAAACAUUUGAUUAAACGUGUAGUCAAUUUCGCAACUAUCGUUCCUUUCUGCAACUAAUUUCCUUUAACAUUCCCUAGUCUUCUGCUGUUUCCUUCUGUAUCGAAGAAAGUCUGCUCCACUAUCCGACAAUAUAUUCUUUAUUUUUAUUUCAUAUUCCAAACGAAAAGCACGGCUAGCAUUUUGUACAAAUUUCGCAUGUUAUUUUUUUCGUAGUGAAACGUUAGUAAGAAUGAUAUACUUACAAUCACUCUCUCUCUCUCUCUUUUGCGAUCUCAAGAAGAAUUAAAAUGAAUAAUAAUUUCCCGAGAAUUGGUCUAAAUACGAAAAUAAUACACAGCAAAUAUUCAGUAUUUUUGUAAGUUUUAUUUUGUAACGAAAACAGUAGCGUGCGCAUCAACAAAUUUACUAUACUCACAUAAAUAACAAAAAAUACUACACUUAGGAAUUAAGAAACUCGAACUAGUCCAGUAAACAAUUAACCAAGCAAGCUCUCGCGUGUAUAGCUGUAUUUUAACUCGCUCCUUUUUCCUCUUCAACAAACACGUUUGUAUCGACAGCUAUUUUUACGUAAUCCACCUAUUAUAUAAUAAAAUUAAUUAGACGAGCCACGCGCAUAUCGACUAGAGUACGUAGGACACAUAUAUUUAAAUUGAUAAACGUCGCUUUUACAGACCAGAGACUACAAGCAGACCAAAAUUGUAAAUAGAUCGAUGAGAUUUCUUCCUGCCGACUAACUAAAAGACCAUUUUUUCUUUUCGCCAAAGAACGAUUAGCGUUGUGCGUGCUUACUUUUGACUCGACUUUAUCUUGCAGCACACAAAUCUAGCUCAAUAAAAGUGUUAUGUUAUAUAUCUCGUAAGUACGGUGGUAUCCAAUAAUUAAUACUGCGAAUCUUCGGUAAAUUUAGCGAUUGUAUAUGUUAAUUUUAGUAAUAAAAAAUGCUACUUUUUGUGUUCACAAUAAA